CCAAUCAGUUACCUGUGCUUGGUCCUGUUUCCCAUGAAACUCCUUCGACUAGUGGCAGUUUGGGCUCUGAGAAACCAUCUCCUGGCAUUCUUCGACUUUCGCAGGGUACCUUUUCUUAUGAAGAACUUGCAAUGGCAACUAAUGGUUUCUCCAAUACAAAUCUUGUUGGUGAGGGUGGUUUUGGUUAUGUUCAUAAGGGAGUCCUUCGCGAUGGUAAAGUGGUUGCAAUUAAGCAGCUUAAAGCCGGGAGUAGGCAGGGGGAACGUGAAUUUCAGGCAGAGAUUGAGAUCAUUAGUCGUAUCCAUCACAGACAUCUUGUUUCAUUGGUUGGAUACUGCAAUACUGGAGCCCAGAGGAUGCUUGUAUAUGAAUUUAUUCCAAACAACACCUUGGAAUUCCAUCUACAUGGAAAGGAGAGACGUAUGAACUGGUCAACUAGAAUGAAAGUCGCCGUAGGCUCAGCUAAAGGAUUGGCUUACUUGCAUGAAGACUGUCAGCCCAAGAUCAUACACCGAGAUAUCAAGGCAGCCAAUAUUCUUCUUGAUGAUAGCUUUGAAGCAAAGGUUGCUGAUUUUGGACUUGCCAAGCAUUCUUUGGAUUCUGAUACUCAUGUCUCCACCCGAGUGAUGGGAACUUUUGGGUAUAUGGCUCCAGAGUAUGCCUCUUCUGGUAAGCUUACUGAGAAAUCAGAUGUCUUUUCCUUUGGUGUUGUGCUUCUUGAGUUGAUUACGGGGCGUCAACCUGUUAAUUGGACUCAAUCCUUCCUUGAUGAUAGCAUAGUUGAUUGGGCAAGGCCUUUGCUCAAGCAAGCUUUGAAAGAAGGCACCUAUGAUGCUCUUGUUGAUCCAAAAUUACAGGGGGACUAUGAUUCCAGUGAAAUGACUGGAAUGAUUUCAUGUGCUGCAGCUUGUAUAUGUCCUUCAGCAGGGCUUCGGCCUCAAAUGAGCCAGAUAGUUCAAGCUUUGAUAGGGAAUAUGUCCCUCGAUGAUUUAAGUGAUGGAAUCACACCUGGGCACAGCAUGGUAUAUGGUUCUUAUGGAGGCUUAGACUAUAGUUCUAGCCAAUACAAGGAAGACUUGAAGAAGUUCAGGAAGAUGGCGCUAGAAAGCCAAGAACAUGGCAGUAGCGAGUACAGUGGAGUCACCAGUGAGUAUGGUCUACAACCUUCUAGCAGUAGCACUGAAGGCCAACAAACUAGAUAAGAGAUGAAAUGACAGAGAAAGGAGAAAACCACCAAAGAUUCCCACGAAAUUUGUGACAGUUUAUUACAUUGUUCUCAGUUCAUCAAUUUCAUGUAGGUGUGCCUGCAGGAAAAUCAAUAUUGGAUUAACUAUCCGGUGGCAGGUCAUGUAAGUGCCUGGAAAAAUCAGCUUGGUAAAUGAUUAUCAUAUUAUACCAAAACACACAAUAAUUUUACUGUUCCUAAGGAACAGUAAAAUACUAAUUUUAUCCUCUCUAAUUUUAU